AUGAACACCUCUACCAUGAGCAUAGGGACAUCAACGGGCCUUGGAGGAACGACUGGAGCACUCAGCACUGGCCCUCUGAUGGCGUCGACGUCUUCGACAGUCGUCCCGAUUGAUGGAGGGUAUGAAAACGCUCCCGGCGUGGUGUUUAGUGGCAGCUUGUUAUGGCUCGUCUACUCGACUACUUAGUACGCGGUUUUUGUGUGGUGCUUGUAUCAUAGUGUCAAGGCUUAAUAUCUUUCUGGUAUUGGCACCAUUCCUCAAAAUCUUCCUCUUCACAGAUGAAGAGAGGACCUCCAUCUCCACGCACCUCUAAUGUCCCGCAAUAAGGCUGAGCCGGGAGCAACAAAAGCGAGGAGCAGAGUGGCGCCGACAUUAGCAGCGUUUAGGAAUAGCGAGAAGCCGAGAUUUGAUACAUCAGCAGUUUGGAAACCCAAGCAGCUGUUUGAUAAAGACAUGAAACCUUUGAGCAGCUACACGGCAAAUGAAGAGUUAAGGGUGAAAAGUGUUGAUAUGAUUACUUGAUAUGAUUACUUGAUAUGAUUACUUGAUAUCAUUAGUUCAGAACUAGCGCUAGUACGUACAGCAUCAGGUUUCUCCACACAUAAAUUAGAGCAUUUUUGGUACUAGAUAUAGUAGACUCUCUGCGACUACAACUGAAACUCUUCUAAAUGCUUCUCGUGGAGCGUCUUCUCCUGAAUCGUCCUCUGUCCAUACGUCGCCUAGGAAGUCACUAGGCGGGCGCGGAAGCGGGAAUCACCUGACAGCACGAAGUCGAAACUCUGGGAGAGGGAGCGAGCUGGUAAGCAUUUUUAUCUUUAUUUUUUCGAAGUUUUUUUCUGGAGGAACAAUGGUUAAUAUGGUCAUAAUAUGAGUAAUCAGGAGUAGUAGUUCGUCCUGCAUUCUAGUGGGGGAGACACCAUUUCAAUCACAAUGAUAGUGGUGAACAAUAUGUAUGACCACUCGUAAGUUGUACACUUCUACAACGCACUACCACCUCCUUGUGGUAAGAAUAAUUCAUUCCUAGUACAACACCACCAACCACGCUCAGCUUCUCCACCAAGACCAGAACUUCCAGGCCGCUUCUUCGGUAAUGAAGGGUAUGACUGUAGGUGAAGUCGCAGCUGAGAUUCAGAGCAGAUUGCGAGCUGAGUUCGGCACUCUCGAGAUCGCGGCUGUGCAUGCAGCCAUGGAACUGCACCUGAUAGAUUCGGAAGCCCUGGAGAACUUCAUCAGCGUCAAGAAAUCUGAAAUCGACAACUAUGGAGGUGGGGACUUCAUCAGCGUCAAAAAAGCGGAGUUGGACAGCUGUGGAGGUAAGCUCGUUCAAUUACAACAACAGUUUCCGAUGGGUUUUCCUUUAAGCGGAGGAACAAGGCGUGGUUUGAGACCUUGUUUUCAAGCUCAGCAGGAAGAAGAGAUCGUAACGCCCCGUUGGCUGCAAAAGCAGCUAGAUUUUGGACAUAAUGACUCAUCCAGUUCAACACCCUCGAGCAAGGGUAGUGUGGAAAGAGGUGAAGCGAGGGCAGGGGGUACUUGUAGUUGAUCUUGAUGAAUUUAGACAAAAUUAAAAUGAAUUUUCACUCCGACUCGUCGCUACAAGUUGUAGACAACUCCUUCCAGUCAAUAUCCUUUUCAAAUUUCACUAAACAAAAAUGUUGAAACUCCGAUAAUUUGAAUGCUACUCGAGACUGUCCUAAAAAUGCAGUAGCAGGUUUUUGCAGCAAUACGUGGACUUUAAGAUUGCCUUUCAUCGAAACGGCAGGUUCCUCCGGCAAUACGACCUCAAGACUAGAGUUUGGUCCUGCCUUGACAGAACAAGAGGAGGAAGCUUUAGCACAAGAAAGGUUGUCUCGGUGUCUACCGCCCAUCCGGUUUUCAACGCAGCUGUUUGAACAAGCAAUCCUAGAGAUAUUCGGAUUCGAUUUGACCGCAAAAAAUUGCAGGAGAUUAUUCAACUUGGUAUUUUUAGUUCUUUUAAAUUUAAAGUCCAAAUCUUUCUCCUUUGUGUGCAUUUAAUGAUUAGGACUGACACUGACAGUAGCAGGAGGGAUUCUUUCAUUAGCUUUGCUUCGAUCUAGAAUCCCAAGAACAUGAUUUAAACGUAGUUUCGUAUUUGACUGCGAAAAAUUGCAGGAGAUUAUGAUUAUUCAACUUGGUAUUCUGAGAACUUUAGGUUAUUUAUACAUAGUUAGUUUCGUACUAUGACGAAGGCGAUGUUGUAAUCUCGUGCUUAAAUACAUCAAGCACUUCUUUUACAUGGAGAUUUUGCACCUGGUGAAGCUUAUGUCUCCUUCUUUCCCAACCACCAGCUCGACCGCGAGCAGAGUGAGCGAAAAGGGUAUGUCUGCUUACCAAUGCUUGCUGAAUACACUCCUGAGCGACUUGCGGCCCAACGUCGUGGAAAGAAGCUCUCCUCUAGUAGUACUUCUGCAAAUACUAGAGGAGCUUCUUCUCGAACAAGCGGAUCAACAAGAGCCUCUUCUUCAACAUUCACCUUAGAAGCGGGUAGGAGUGGAAGAACAGGGGCAUCUUCAACUGGAGAUGGAGGUUUUGGAAGUGCGAAUUUCACAGAUAUGUGUCCACAAGAUUACGAGGAAGAUGCUGAAAUCGAGCCAACACAUGGUGAGGGCGCGCAGAGACAUUCGCAUGACAUAUUCAGCAACUCGCUGCGGAAAGCAGAUAAUCCACGGAGUAGAGUUGUGCAGAGUGGAGGACGGAGGUAUAAGUACUUGAAUUUGAUAUUUGGAACUUAUUCUUUGACUGUCGCUGUCCUAGUCCCAGUUACUAGUUGUAAGUUGUAGUUGUUUUAUAGUCGUGCAGUCGAUGAAAAACUUGGUUCAUUUCUUGGUUGUUCCUCUUCUCCUACAAAGGUAUAUUACCAUAGAUACCCUCAACUACACCGAUAAUUCUCAACAACUCUGAGCAGCCGGCGAAGCGGUCAACCAAAGGGAAGCAAAGACCACUGCGCUGGAUCGUCUAGCUCGUCUGGAAAGAAUAUGAAGAAGAAACAGGGUGAACACGAGGAAAUAGAAGGAGAUUAUAGUGCGCAGAACAUCAAUCUGAAUCUCCUGGAUCCACAUUACGAACCACCAAUCGGCACUCAUCAGUUGAGUGUCAUCGAUGAAAUGGAGGAAAAUAUUUGCUCGCCCAUUGCCCUGCCUAAAGCGCUGCGAUCGAACAGCUCAUCGAUUAGAGGGAGUGCGCCGCCUAGUCAUUCAGAUAGUAUUACAGGAGGAGUAGAACAUGAACAAGGAGGACAGAACAAGCAGCUAAUCGGAUUGAACAACGCUUCUCAGGUGGUUGUAAGAACUACCACCUCUUCAUCUUCAGAUUAAGGCUCAACUUUCAAUGGUCAUUGGGGUUGGUCACUGAGAUCGAAGAGGCGACCUUCCCUUGAGAGUAGAACAGGGGAAAACGAAGGGAAAGAAGGGGGUCUCUUCCGUUCAGCAUCAGUGACCAUUGAAUGCUGAGCUUUAAUCAGAGGAAUCUACUUCGUCAACAUCUCAAGGACCACGUGUUAUUGGCCCUGCUGCUAUCUCCUCGACCUCUUCUUCAGGACCUACAACUACAGGAACUUCAGGAAGUUCUAAUAAAUUCAACCUGAAACUCGCACCUGCACCGACGUUUCGAUGGGCUGUUCCACGUACUGUUGAGGCCUCGUCCAGCACUGGCGUGGUUACACGGAGCAAUGCUGCAGCUGGUGUUGAACAGCAUCCACAAUAUGUGCGAGCAGAUCAGCACCAAGUGAUCCAAAAUUAAGGCGACCGCUGAAGCAUCCUCAGCGCCAUCCCUGGCUCUUUUUUCAAGGGGAAAAAGGGCUCAGGGAUGGACUCAAGGAUGCGACGCGGUAGCUCUAACAAAAGCCCCAAGGAGCAGGUCAAGAACAUCAACAAGAUAUGAGAAACUCAGAUAGAGAUUCUGGUGUUGUGAAUUUCAGAAAACAAGCUGCGGGAGGUGGCUCAUGGUGGGCAGCAUCUUCUUCACAAUCACAUCCUAAUCAGCAACAUCAUAAUCUGGGGAGAGGAGCAACGCCUGGAGGAGGACAACAUCAGCAGCUGCAGCAACAUGGUACAAUUAAGGCUCAGCUUUCAAUGGUCAUUGGGGUUGGUCACUGAGAUCGAAGAAGCGACCGCUUUAGGAAAGAUGGGGGGAAAACGAAGGGAAAGGGGAGAGCUUUGAAGGGGGUCGCCUCCGUUCAGCAUCAGUGACCAUUGAAGGCUGAGCUUUAAUACAAUGUCAAGAACAUACCAACACCAUCACCAGCAGCCGGCACCUACUAUAUUGCCAGCACAACAGCAGCACGAAAAUCAUAUGCUAGCCGCACAGCAUCAUCAACAACAGCAGAGCGCAGUUAUGAGACAAACGUCUUCGAUACUGCAACAAGUUCCUAGUUUCAGCAUGGGUGGUCCACCUGUGUUUAGGACUGCAUCGGCGUCCUUUCCGUUAGGCACAGUACCACAAAUGAAUAUGGUGCAAGCUGGAGGUCAACCUGCUCUGGUGCGGACGCAUCAGCAUGUAGUGUCGCAGCCUCCACCAUCGCAGCCUGUUGCAGCAUCUUCAACACGACAGCAGCAAUCGAAACUCCUAGCACCAGGUGGGCAGAAGGCACAGCCACUCGCUGGAGGAGCAUUUCAGCCGCCAGGCCGAUCUGCCUACCGUGCCUGAGAAUGCGAGCGUCGAAUUCGGGUAUUUGAUAGGCUGCUAUCUCUUGGGGUCGAGGAGCAGGAAAAGCACGUUUAUCAUGUUUAAUCGCCACUUUGAUGUUAGUUCUCUUGAAGAUAUCAAGUAGUUAUAGAGAGAGAAAGUAGUAGAUAGAAACUAGAGUAUGAUAUUAGACGAGAGAGGUCCGAAAUAAAAUACGGAUGUUGCUAUGUACUAGUUUUGUAUUUCAAUGACUUGUAAAGGGGGAAUCAUAUCAAAAACCAUAUUUUCUCGUUCUUUGUGAUGAUUCAAGUUGAACACAAGAAAGACUAACUAGACUUCACAAAGAAAGACUAGAAAAACUAAGACUUUUUGCACAGUGAAACUGCACAGAAUCUGCACAGAAACAUUCGCUAUCGAUACAAGAAACUUCAAAAACCAAUAAAUCAAGGGAUCAUGACAAUAUCAAAAACCAAAACCAACUCAUAACGCCGGGGAAUCAAUCUAAAAAAAACAGCACCAGCAGCUAGUAUUUAUCAAACCGUAACAACUCCUGAAUUAGCAGAAGACUUCUGUUAAAGGACACAGCACGAUAGAUAUGAUCAUGCGAAUUGUCGUCAUUCUCCUGUAUGCUGUAAGAAAAGUUAGAUGAACAUCAAGGCAAUCAUGGUAGGAUACCAUACCAAGGAGAAAUCAAGUUUUUUAUUCUUUUGGUAUAAACUUCACUUCCAAAAAUAGUUUUGAUUCAACACUUUUACUUAGUAAAGAACCAUGACAAAAGAUAAGGCUGGGCAGUAAGCAUUUGGGACGUCGUAUUUGCUUUCUUUUUUUCACGCAUGACAGGGACGGACGACGCCGGCUGGUCAUUUUUCUUCGUUUGUUGAUGUGCAUGUUGUAUACCCAAGGACAUGACUCAUAGAUAACAUCCGAAACCUCAAAGAGAUUAACAUGUUGUCAAGGCUUCUAAUGAAAAAGGUUUCAAGC